UCUGGGAAGUACCGGCAUGAGUGAGAAAACGUGGUUUGAGCGAGGCGAAAAUAAUUUGUCUGUAAAUGCGGCAGAAAUGGAAACUAAAGCGGAGUCACACAAACGUUACAUCUGCUCGUUUUCCGGGUGCUCGGCUGCUUAUAACAAACAGUGGAAACUGGACGCUCACCUGUGUAAACACACGGGAGUGAAGCCGUAUUCUUGUGGGCGCGAUGGCUGCUCUAAGGCUUUCUGCAGUAAGUCCCACCUGGUGAGGCACGAGCUCAGCCAUAGCGGAGAGAAGCCUUUCAAAUGCACCGUAGAUGGCUGCAAGGAGGCCUUCACCACCAACGCAAACCGGACCAGACACAUCGGCCGCAUUCACAGCCAGGAGCAGCGGAAGUAUGUUUGCAGAUUUGAGGGCUGUUGGCUUGAGUUCAAGAAGAACAAACAGCUGAAGUCCCACAUGUGCGAGCAGCACACUCAGCUGCCCCCUUAUCAGUGUACUUAUGAGGGCUGCCAGAUGGGAUUUAGCUUCCCCAGUAAACUGAAGCGUCACGAGAAGGUGCACAGAGGGUACCCCUGCAAAGAGGAGAGCUGCACUUUCACGGGGAAGACCUGGACUGAGUACCUGAAGCACAGAAAGGAGCAGCACAGAGUCACCGUGAAGUGUGACCAGUGCAGCAAAGUGUUCAGGGACUCUUGGUUUCUGCGGCAGCAUCAGCACAUCCACUCUGAAAUGAGAGUGGUCCUCAAGUGCCCCAGGGACAGCUGUGACAGGUCCUUCACCACUGCUUUCAAUCUGCAGAGCCACAUCGGCUCCUUCCACGAGGAGCGACGACCCUUCAUCUGCAGCCACGCUGGCUGUGGAAAGACGUUUGCCAUGAACCAGAGCCUCCAGCGGCACAGUGUCGUCCACGACCCACAGAGGAAGAAGCUGAAGAGGCCCAGACCCAAAAGAUCUCUUGCCUCCAGGUUAAGCGGUUACUGUGAAACAAAGAAAGUGGUUUACAAAAAGCACCUGGAGCAUGCAGCACACAGCGGGUCUGCACAAGAGAGAGAAGGCCAACCUGGCCCAGUUGAGCUGGUGUCCCUCCUGCAGGACACAUCUUUGCUGUGCAGCUCUGCUGUGGACAAGCAUGGACUUACAAACACCCUGGCUACACCUUUAGCAGUGUAGAAUCAAAUGAAGGGGAGCACACCAGCUUUGUGUGGACAGCAGGCACUUUAGAAGAGCAUAUGUUACUUGGGACAUGGUUGUUGGGAGUCUUGGUGUUGAACAGUGUGGUUCAAAACUAUGUAGUUUUUCUGAAAGUGAAUUGAGAAUGAAGAAUCAGCACAGGAGUGGAACCUGCUCCUGGUGUUUGUCCUCUGGGUGACAUCAGCUGCAGGAUUUCUCUUUAUUUAUAGAAUUUUUUUGUU